AUGACGUAUUUGAGAAUGAAAAAAAGUGAAUGUAAAGAUAUCACAAAAGAACUGAAUGACUUACUUCUAAGCCAUAUGACUUUCACCCUCCCCCCUCUCCCUUAUGAGAAAAAUGCGUUGUCUCCACAUAUCAGUGCGGAGACACUAGAAUUCCAUCACGAUAAACACCACGCAACGUAUGUCACGAAACUCAAUGGACUUGUAGCCGACACACCAAACGCUGAAAAGAGUCUUGAGGAGUUGAUUAAAGAGAAGCCAUCGCAACCUAUUUUUAAUAACGCGGCUCAAGUUUGGAACCACACGUUUUACUUUAGUUGUAUGUGUGAAGGGGGGUGUCACCCAUCAGACGUGCUUUCCAAAAAGCUGAGCGAUGCUUUUGGGAGUGUUGCGGACUUCAAGAAGAAGUUCACAGAAAAGGCUGUUGGCCACUUUGGAAGUGGGUGGUGUUGGCUUGUACUUACUAAUGGGAAGUUAGAGAUCGUCGAUACUCACGACGCGAUGAAUCCCAUCGCCAACAAGAUGAAACCUUUACUCGCUUGUGAUGUUUGGGAACACGCUUAUUACAUCGACACAAGAAAUAACAGAGCGGCGUACCUUGAGAAGUGGUGGAACGUUGUCAAUUGGAAGUUCGUCGAACAGAAUUUGGUAUAA